GGUGCAUAUUAGUUUGUCUUCAACCGUAGAAAUAUUUACUUCUUGUUUUGCAAUUGAACUAAAAUGGUCAAGUAUAUGUUGAACGCUGUUGUUUUGUUCUGCCUAAUGGGCUACCUUUCUGCUGGGGAAAUUCCGCAGGAAUUUAAAGAAGUGGCCGGCGACAUCCCUAAGUCGUGCAUUGCAGAGACGGGUGUCACUGUUGACUUGAUUGAGCGUGCCAGAACUGGCGAUUUAGCUGAGGACGGCAACUUGAAGUGUUAUUUGAAAUGCAUCAUGGUUAACUUAGGCAUGAUCUCGGAGAAGGGACUAAACUUCGAGAAAAUGAUUGAAAUGGUUCAAGCAGAUAUGAAGGACCUGGCGAAGCAGCUAUCAACGACUUGCAAGGACAUCAAGCCAAAUGCGGAAGGAGACCAAUGCCAACUGGCUUUCGACUUCAUGAAAUGUUUCUACAAGGGUUUCCCAAAUGACUUCUUCGUCCUGUAACAACUUUCAAGAGGGAUCUCUGCUGUGUGACGGUAUUCUUCCCAACAUAUAACCGAUUACAGAUUUGUUAAUUUCAAUUAAUAUUUACAAUAAAAUGAAACGUUUAUUGCAAACAAA